GCCGGCGUUCGCGCCACCAAGCUCAACCGUCAGCCUGGGUCUGAAUGAUAGUAGGUUAAAGAUCAACUAAAAAUUCAGACCACUGCUCCUCAGCCUCGAGCCAUUGGCAUCGGUUCUUCUGCUGCAUUCCUCCCGUCCUUUCCUUCCCAGCUGCAUUUGUAGCGCCCUUCGAUCCUUUUGAAUCCCUCUUCUACCUUUCUCAGCAGUAAUGGCGCUCGUCGACUCGGAUGCAAAUCUGGAUUCAGUUGCUGCAUCGCUGCACGACUAUGGCGGUGUUUGCGAUUAUUGCGGCAAGCAAUGCGAUCCGGAACUGCAGGACCUGAACUUAGUGUGCUGCUCUUUUGCCAAAUGUCCUACGCCAAUGGUUUUUCAUCAAUGUUGUGUGGACGAAUACCUGAAGAAGCGCAAGCUGGGUAAAGAUGCUAAAAUUGGCUUCCCCUGUUUGCGGGGUUACAGUAACAAGAGCGCUGACUACGAAAAGCCUUGCAAAGGGCGCGUCUUCCGUCUGCACCACGUCCAUGCCCGAAUGGAGAACAGCAAAAAGAGGCAGAAGGCCAAGAUGCCAGACAACUUUGUCCCGGGUCCUGCCAAACGAGAAAAGAAAGAGAAAGCAGACGAAGGGCAGCCCGACAAGGCCCCUGCAAAGCCGGCAAAGGCAGUCGCUCCACCGGCAGCUAAGCCUUUGCAACCGUUAGUGAACAUUUUUGCGCCAGCCAAUAAGCAGCCUGCAAAAAAGCCAGCCCCGCCUGCUGUACCAAAGCCUCCCGCUGACAUGGAUCAGAGCAAGAUGGAUGCAAUACGCAAGCAAGUGGAGGCCAUGCGGCAAAAGAAGGGCAACCCCUCCGCCAAGCUUGCAGCGGACAGCUUUGCGAAAGCAAAAAAGCCACCAAGCAGGCAGGAUCAGCUCAUGGUGCAGCAUGCCCUAGAAUCGGCACAGGCAGGCCAUGUUGCAGGAAUACCCUCUGGCUGGGCCAAUGGCGCACCUUCUGAAGCGCCCCCAGCAGAGGAAGCCGAAGACUCCGAUGAAGAAGGCGAGUGGAUGACGGUACUGGGGCGCAAGAAGGGCAAGGCUGCUGCUAAGCCGCCAUCCGGCGUGUCCCGCAAGCAGGCAAAGAAGCAGGCCUGGCAUGACAAGCAGGCGGCUCUUAAGGCAGCGCAAGCGCCCGAUCCGACGCCUGCCGAGAGUGCCACCAAAGCUGUGCCCAAGCCGCCUGCGCAGGCCCCUCCUGCUUCCCCUGCGCCGCUCUUCAACGCCUGGGGCAAACCGAGAGAGGAACAGCCGCAAGCACCCCCCCUGCCGCGAUCCCCCUCCCCCCCGGUGGCCCGGCCUGCUUCCCCCCCUGUCUGGCGGCCAUCUCCGAGUCCCCCCCCAGCGGUGCAAGGGCUGCGCUCGUGGUCGGAGAAGCUGCUGACGGUGCUCAAGGAGCACAAGAUCCGCGUGGCCACCAAGCAGCUGCUGGAGCUGGGCUUCCCGGACUGGCUGUCGGUCACCGCGGUUCGCGCUUGUGGCACCGACGUGGACCGCUGCUGCGAGUGGCUCAACUCGGGGCAGUCGCCAGCGGACCCGAUCAUCGACCUCACGGCCGAGCUGGCGCGCAUCAGCAAGUGGGUGUCCGUUGGGUGCCUGAGCCAGGACGUGGUGGAGAUUUCGCUCGUUUCGUGCUCGGGGGACAUCGACGCCGCAGAGACUGUACUGCGCGCCAAUUUCGACCACUUUGCGGAGCACAGCAGUGCCGCAUUCGCCCCCGAUCCGAGCCCUGGGCCAGCCCCCACCGGUCCUGUUCAGAACAGCUGGAGCGACGAUCUUUUUCCUCUGAACUGGGGGACUGCUGGACGGGACUCGGUGGCACCGCGCCCAGCCCCCCCCCCUCGGAAGAAGGAGCAGCCCACGCCCCCGCUGAAGGAUCCUCCGAGGCCCGACAGCGCCCCAAAGCCACAGACCCCAGUGGAUCCUCCAAGGCCCGAGAGCCCACCAAAGCCACAGACCCCGGCGUUCGAGAUCCCAAAGACGAUGCUCGCGGGGAAUGGCAGCUACAUCACGGAUCUCUCGCGGUACAACGAGUUACUGGGGAUCAGCGACGAGGACUCCGAGGAUGAGGAGUUUGAAGAGGGGGAAGCCGGGGCAGACCCAGAGGUCCGGGAUCCUGCUUCUCUGUUGAAGGAGUACCUCGGAGGGUCUGAUUCUUCGAGCAACAAGGCGGAAGUGCCGGCACCUGCAACCCCCCCAGCAAGCGAAGCAAGAAGCGCCCAAAAUGGGAUGUCCAAUGGCUUGGAUACAGACGACCUUUUGGCUGUGUACGGGAUCUUUCCAAAGGCUGCAGUCUCCACACCACGGCCCUAUCUCCCCGGGCUGAAGUAUGAGCGACAAGGUCCAGAAGAAGAUCAAGACACGCUUGUAUCGCAGCUGAUGACUCAGCUUCUGGUUUGACGCCGUUGGACAGAUUGGAUGAAUACAGCUGAAGAACAAGGGGCGUGAGCUACGGUCUAUCCAAUUUCAGCAAAUGCUCGUCGGCAGGUCGUUGGUGGUCGGCAGUUUGGCUUAGAGUUUCCUGUGGCCGGUUCUCGAGGUAGUCUCUGAUUGCACACGAGCAACAGGCGACUUACGGGCGGUAUGCUUUCAAUGACGCAGCUUCCGGGUGCAGUGUUUGGUUGAGCUUUCCUUGUUGGACAAGACAUUGUAAAACUUGCAAAAUUCGUCUUUCACAAUAGCUAAUGUCUUAGUAACAUGAGCUUACAAUCUUUAAGAACGUAUAGAUGGCUGGCACGAUAAUCAUGCAAGAACGCUUCGCUCCAUAUACAGCGCCCGACAGAAUCGUCUGAAUUACAUGUGUGCCCAAGUACUAAUGCCAGG